UAUGAAAACGUGGAAUAUCAUUCAUGUAAACUUAUUGGCAGCAUAGAUUUCAGGAAACAUGUCUUUAUUUCCAGCUUAUUCAAGUGAAAGAAAUAAAUCUCCGACACCUAAUGAAUCAACAAAUGCUCCAAAAGUUGUAGAAAAUGAGACGACUAGUUGGCUGUACAAUUCCAGUUAUUCAGGACAGAUUUCGUCUAAGAAUUUCGACAACUUUUCAUCUGAAUCUUCGGAUGAAACUACAGAUGAAACUUCUUAUUCGCAUAAACAGAGAACUGUGUAUACUGCUACUUCAAAAAAUCAGAAGCCUGUAACAGAGGAAAAAAAAACAUCUAAGCAUAUAAAAAGAAAGAAGAAGAAUAGAAAGAUAUAUGAAAAACCUAAAUAUGAAAAAGAUGUAGAAAAUGUAUAUUUUGAGGAUAAGUAUAGGGAUAAAGGAAACAAUAGUAUAAAUACACUUUAUUCUAGUGCCAGACCAUAUUAUGAUAUUAAGAUAAAGUCCCUUGGUUUUGUUCCAUAUAAAAAAUCAAAGAAAGACAGUUAUAAAAGGUACUAUGUAAAAAAUAUUGAUUACAUAGAAAAGAAUAAAAAAAAAGAUAAUGUUAUCAAAAAAGAAUCCACCACUACUUCAUCUAAAGAAGAAGAAUGCAUUCCUUCUUGGUACAUUAAAUUGGAAGAGUUGCAAAAAUCUAAAACCAAAGAAUACAAUGAAAAAUUAACAAAUAAUCCAAACGACGUUCAAUUAUGGAUUGAAUAUAUAGAAUUUCAGGAUACAUUAGGAUAUUUUCAACAAUAUCAAAUUGCAAAGGAUGUUUGCAGGGCAACAACAUUAAAAAAAUUAUCUAUAGUUGAGAAGGCCUUAGAAAAAAAUGCAGAAUCUACAAAUUUAUUAAAAUUAAAGUUAUCUUUCAUGGAGGAACUUUUACCUGCAGAUGAAUUCUCGAAUCAACUUGAAGCCUUAGUUAACAAAGAUACAGGAAAUAUUACUUUAUGGCAGGAAUUUAUUAUGACAACGCAAGCCUCAGUAUCAAUGUGUACAGUACCAAGAGUUUUAGACUUAUAUUUAAAAUGCUUUUGCAUUUUAAAGCAAAAAGCUAGGACAAAUCCUCGAGUAUAUGACGAACGAUUAUUACAAAUGUUGUACUGGUGUUUGACAUUUUUAAGACAUACUGGACUCUGGGAACAAAUGUGGGAAACAAUACGUUUGAAUCUCAUUCUGAAUCUUAGCUUGGAUAAAGAUAAUCUCUCUUUCAAAAAAACAAUAGAUGAAAAGAAAUUAAUUGGAAUGGAAGAAGUAAUAUUAAUGUCAAGAUUACCACUCAAUCAACUAUGGCAAAGAACAGAAUCAUUAAGAGAAAAUUGUCAUUGGAUUAGUGUCAGUAGAAGUGAAUUAGAAUUAGUUGGCGAUUCUCGAAGAUUUGUUUUGCCCGAUGAUGUCGCAGAUUUCGUUCAUCCGAUACUUUCAAAAAAUUUGAAUUUUCGAAUGGCAAUUCAUACUCUGCUUUUACUUAAAGUACCACUUUUACCCACUCGAGACUACAUGUUAAAAAUGUUAACAUUACAAGAACUUGAUUGGGGUAUAGAAACCUCAGAAGUGUUGCUUCCAUUUGCUUAUCCUAUGGUAGGUGAAAUGACUGAUCACAAUCAGAGGAAGAAAUUAUUGAACGGCAUACUUGAAGGACGUAUAACAUCAGGUCCUCAGUAUCUUAUGUUUCAUCCUGCACAAGAAUCAUAUUUAGAUUUUAUACGCGAUGUAUUUUUUACAAUCGCCAAAGAUUUACCCCCCCUACAACGAACAAGUUUAUACGUUUGGUGGUUAAAAUUUGAAAGAUUACUUAUUUUCCUUCAAAAAGAUGAUCCGUUAAAAUAUGAUAAUAAACGAAAGAAACUAAGAACAACAGUAAAGGAAUUCUUUAAGAAAGACGAAAAUAGAAAUAAUUUACACUUCUAUAGAGAAUACGCAUUGAUAGAAAAAGAAGUAGGGAAAUUUGAUAACUGUGUAAAUAUUUUACAAACGGCUAUUCAAUCUCAAAGUGCACGUCCUUCUGAAAUUCACAAUCCUGAAGAAAAGUCAGCACUUUUAAGUUUAUAUCGAACGUUUAUUGAAACGUUACUUGAUUUAGAAACUUAUAAGGAAAUACAUAAAACACAGAUAUUGGACGUUAUGAGACAGAUAAUACCAGAAACAAAUGGGAACCAAUUGCUGCAAGUGGAAGAAUAUUUAGAGAAUUGUAUACAAAACUUUUUGCAAGAAGCUCCUUUAGAAAAUGAGGAAUAUAUGUAUUUUUUACCAAACGUCAAAUGUGAUACAAUUGUGUGUUAUGCAUAUUUGUUAUUUGUACAAAAUUCCGAUAUUAAUAGAGUAACUAGCCUAUUUAAAAUCUGUAUAAACCAUUACAAAGACAAUCAUUACAUGCAGGAAUUAUUACGAGAAAGUCAAAUCGCACUUUUGCAAUUACAUGACAAACUGAUUCAACAUGAAAAUUCUUUAAAAUCAGAACUAAAUGAUAUGUUGGAUUUAUAUCCAAAUAAUUUUUUUGCCCUUUCAACAUUUGCAUGCAUUGAGAGCGAAGUGCCAUUGUGGAAGAGCAAUAGUCGUGUGACAAAGCUUCCAUUGUGGAAAGCAUUUGCUGUGUGCUUAGCAAGUCGGAAACGUAUUCGUGUUUUACACGAACUUAAAGAUUAUGUUAGUAUGAACGCAGCAAUUAAUAAAUUAAUGUAUUUUCAUCAAACACUUGCAAGAAUGCCAACAAUUAAAAAUUGUCCUUUAUUGUGGAGAUUGUAUAUGCUUUUUCUUAGGGAAUAUAAUUUGUGUGAAAAGAAAGGAGAAGAAGUAUACCAUGAAAGUGUUGCAUUAUGUCCUUGGGCUAGAAGCAUUUAUAUUGAUGCAGCUGAAGUUGCACCUCAACUUCUUACACAAGUUCAAGAUGUAAUACGAGAAAAAGAAUUAAGAAUGCAUGUUACUCCAGAAGAAUUAGAUGUUUUACGCGGUUAACUUUAAUACAUACAACAUGGAUUUGAAAGCGGUUGUUGUUUCUGGUGAGGCAUCAGAAUCUGAUGAUGACGCUGCGAGCAUUGUCAC